UACUUAGGCGGUAUUGUGUCAACCUGAAAUUGAUAGCUGCGUAGCAAAGGGUGCAUUUUAAGGUCUCCGUCUUUAAAAUCUUUCUUAAUCGAAAGCGCGGAAUUCAACAGAGAACAAAUAUACAGGUGCUCUGCAAUCAAAUUGAAUUCCUUCCACAAGUACAAAGGAAAUUAGGACAGACUUGUGAUCUGCCUCCCAAAUCAAGCAGGCUAUUUUGUUUGGAGGGCCAACUUGGUACGUUUUAGGGUACGUUUCAGAUCGGGUUUACAAGGAGAUCAAAUGAUGGAAUGCGUUAGCAGAUCGGACAGCGUGAUUCGAGAUUAAUGAUUUUGGUAGAAAUUAGUGAUCUUGCAAGGUUGGAUUUAGAGGUGGCACCAUGUUGAGGCUGAGGGCAUUCCGUCCUACAAGCGAGAAGAUCGUGAAGGUGCAGCUGCAUCCGACACAUCCAUGGCUUGUUACGGCAGAUGCAUCCGACAAUGUCGUUGUCUGGAAUUGGGAGCACCGCCAGGUGAUGUAUGAGUUGAAGGCAGGCGGGGUUGAUCAGAGACGUCUUGUAGGAGCCAAAUUGGAGAAGCUUGCAGAGGGAGAGACUGAGCCCAAAUCAAAGCCAACAGAAGCAAUGCGAGGGGGAAGUGUGAAGCAGGUUGCAUUUUAUGAUGAUGAUGUUCGCUACUGGCAAGCUUGGCUAAAUCGCGCAGCAGCUUUGGAAGGUCCAAUUGCUGCUAGUCAGCAAUUCCCUCACUAUGGAGGGGCACUUGCUUCCACUAGGGGACGGCAUUUUCUUGUUAUCUGCUGCGAAAACAAAGCUAUAUUUUUGGACAUGGUUACAAUGCGUGGUCGUGAUGUCCCAAAACAAGUUUUCGACAAUAGAUCUCUUCUUUGCAUGGAGUUCCUUUUCAAAUCUCCAGCCGGAGAUGGUCCACUUGUUGCAUUUGGUGGGUCUGAUGGAGUUAUUAGGGUCCUCUCAAUGGCAACAUGGCAGCCUGUAAGAAGAUAUAGUGGAGCUCAUAAAGGAGCAGUUUCUUGCUUGGUCACAUUCCUGGCUUCUUCAGGAGAGUCACUUUUAGUUUCUGGUGGUAGCGAUGGAUUACUUGUUCUCUGGAGUGCAGAUCACAUACAGGAUUCGCGUGAGAUUGCGCCCAAGCUUAGUCUGAAGGCACAUGAUGGAGGUGUUUUGGCUAUUGAGCUUUUAAGAGUUUUGGGGAAAGCUCCUGAACUACUUACCAUUGGUGCAGACAAGACUCUGGCUAUCUGGGAUACACUAUCAUUUAAGGAGAUCAAGCGUAUUAAGCCAGUUGCAAAGCUCACUUGCCACAGUGUUUCAUCUUGGUGUCAUCCUCGUGCUCCAAAUCUUGAUAUUUUAACAUGUGUUAAAGACUCUCAUAUAUGGGCUAUCGAAAAUCCAACACUUGCAGCAAUGACACGACCACUUUGUGACUUAUCUUCUCAAGUUCCCAUGGGCCUUCUUGCUCCAAACAAGAAAUUAAAGGCAUAUUGUAUGGUUGUACAUUCUCUGCAGCCACACUUGGUUGCAACUGGUACUAGCCUUGGUGUUUUUCUCAGUGAAUUUGAUGCAAGGUCUCUGCCAGCAGCAGCUCCUCUUCCAACACUCUCUGGCAGUAGGGAACAUUCUGUAGUAUUUACAGCCGAAAGGGAACUGAAGCUAUUAAAUUUCCAACUAUCUAAUCCCACCAACCCUUCAUUGGCAAACACAAAUUCUAUAUCUGAGACAGGAAGGUUGAGAACAGAUUCUUCAGAAGCUUUGCAGAUCAAGCAAAUGAAGCAUCGUGUUGGUCAAGUAACUUAUGAAUCAUACUCUUGUGUUUCUGUCAGCAGUUCAGGGAAGUAUGUCUCAGUAGUAUGGCCAGAUAUUCCUUAUUUCUCUGUGUACAGAGUUAGUGACUGGGCAGUUGUUCAUUCAGGAUCAGGAAAGCUAUUUGCUUGGGAUACAUGUCGUGAUCGAUAUGCUUUGGUAGAGACAGUAGCAGCACCUAGAAUGCCCAUAAUUCCCAGAGGAGGAUCAUCUAAAAAAGCUAGAGAAGCUGCCGCUGCUGCUGCCCAAGCUGCAGCUGCUGCAGCUAGUUUAGCUUCCACAGCUACUGUACAAGUACGAAUAUUGCUUGAUGAUGGGAGCUCAAACUUAUUGACUAAAUCUAUUGAAGGCCGAAGUGAACCGGUGAUUGGCUUGCAUAGCGGUGCAUUGCUUGGGGUUGCAUAUAGGACACCAAGACGGAUAAGCCCAGGGGCUGCGACUGCAAUUUCAACUGUGCAAUCAGCUGCUUUAUCAGGCCUUGUUCCAACAGGACUUUCAUCCUUUGAUGAUGGAGCUUUCGCAUUAGGGAAAUCUCCAAUUGGUGAAGCACCAGCCAAUUUUCAACUUUACAGUUGGGAGACAUUUCAACCAGUAAGUGGACUCCUUCCUCAGCCUGAGUGGACAGCAUGGGACCAGACAGUAGAGUACUGUGCUUUUGCAUAUCAGCACUAUAUUGUAAUUGCUUCAUUACGACCUCAAUUUCGAUUUCUCGGAGAUGUAGCUAUUCCUUCUGCGACAGGAGGUGUCUGGCAUCGUCGACAACUGUUUGUAGCAACACCUACCACGAUUGAAUGUGUCUUUGUGGAUGCUGGUGUAAGCCCCAUCGAUUUGGCAACAAAGAAGAAGAAGGAAGAAAUGAAAGCAAAGGCAAAUCAGGCCAAGUCAGUAGCUGAGCAUGGUGAGCUAGCCUUAAUUACUGUUGAUACUCCUCAGCAAGUGGUUGAAGAAAGGACACCCUUGAGGCCGCCCAUGUUACAGGUAGUGAGGUUGGCGUCUUAUCAGAAUGGUCCAUCUGUGCCUCCAUUCAUGAGUAUGCCAAAACAAUCAAAAGCUGAUGGAGAAGAUAGUGGAAUGCCCAGAGAGAUGGAAGAAAGGAGAGUGAAUGAAGUGGCUGUUGCUGGAGGAGGUGUUUCUGUGGCUGUCAGUCGGUUUCCUCCAGAGCAGAAACGUCCUGUUGGACCACUUGUAAUUGUUGGUGUUAAGGAUGGGGUCCUCUGGCUUGUUGACAGAUAUAUGAGUGCCCACGCUAUUGGUCUAAGCCAUCCUGGCAUACGUUGUCGCUGCCUUGCAGCCUAUGGAGAUGCUGUUAGUGCUGUGAAAUGGGCAACUAGACUUGGUAGAGAGCAUCAUGAUGAUUUAGCACAGUUUAUGCUGGGAAUGGGUUAUGCAACCGAGGCCCUUCAUCUGCCAGGGAUAUCUAAAAGGUUAGAAUUUGACCUUGCCAUGAAGAGCAAUGAUCUUAAAAGAGCACUUCAGUGCCUUCUUACAAUGAGCAAUAGUAGAAGCAUCGAGCAAGAUUUGACUCCCAUUACAGAUAGUACUGGAAUUCUAAGCUUAGCAGCUAAACAGGAAUUUACCGCUGAUGCUGUGCAAGGAAUUGUUAAAUAUGCAAAGGAAUUUCUGGACCUCAUUGAUGCUGCAGAUGCAACUGCUCAAGCUGAUAUUGCCAAUGAAGCUCUGAAAAGACUUGCGGCCGCAGGUCGUUUAAAGGGUGCAUUACAGCCACAAGAAUUGCGAGGGUUGUCACUGAGACUUGCAAAUCAUGGUGAAUUGACACGCUUAUCGGUCUUGAUAAAUAAUAUGAUCACAUCGGGUUAUGGCCGGGAGGCAGCAUUUUCAGCUGCAUUGUUAGGUGAUAAUGCUCUUAUGGAAAAGGCUUGGCAGGAGACAGGAAUGUAUGCAGAAGCAGUGCUGCAUGCUCAUGCCCACGGUCGUCCAUCCUUGAAGAACUUGCUGCAAUUGUGGAACAAGACUUUACAGAAAGAACUUGAGCAUGUUUCAAGGAAAAAUAGAUUGGCAGACUCAGCAAAUGCAGUUCUUGCUGGUUUAGAAAAAGAACCAACAUUGGAGAACUUGAUUCAUGUUAAGAAACAUCCACCGAUAGAAAUAAUCCCUCCUGGAAUGAUGGAUUCAUCAGUAAAGAUACCAACAACCGUGAAGCCUGUUGCAACCAUUCAAAGUGGUCCACAAGCAAGUAAACCAUUGCUAUUGGAAGCACCUCCAGCUCCAAAUGCAAAUGGGAUUCCUCUUGCUAAUGUGACAUCAAGUGGAAAUAUGACUCUACCUAUAACUCCGUCUCCAACUCUAAUUGCGAUCCCAUCUGUGACUUCAACCCCAACAGUGGCUAUUGCCCCUACAGUGGCUAUUGACCCAACAGUGGCUAUGUCACCAAGUGUGGCUGCAGCCCCAAUGGUGGCUGUGGCUCCAGACCCAAUGGUGUCUGUGGCUCCAACUGUGGCUGAAGCCCCAACUGCAAGUGAAGUGCCUGCCGUAAGUGUAAUGACUAGUGUAGGUGCAAACUCAUCAACUGAGGUAUCUGCUUAAUGCUUAUCGUUUUGGGGACACCGGUUUUUGAACAUUAGUUUCCUAAUGUGCAGUUCUAAGGGUGUCAGCUUGUGUUGGACUUUCUACCAGAUUUAAAGUUGAGCUGUAUUUUUCUUGCCUAUUGUAUAUUAUGUAACUGUUUGAGAAUGUUGAGAAUCUGUUGCUCUUAAAACUACCCGCCUUUUCCUAGUGCAGAAUUUGUAUGAUGUAAACAUUCUUGACAUUUGCCAUUUAUUGAAUAACAAAAUUUUCACUAUUUCCUCUUCA